AGCCCGACUCCAGAGCCGUCUGAUAAAAAAAAAAAUGUCUUAUGGUUCCAUUGACGGGAGUGGCAUUGGAAACAGGAGCACAUUUGGUGGGCCUUCGAGACAAGGAUACCAACCUUUAGCCACACAGAUGGAUCCCAAUGAACUACAGGAUCUUUUCCAGGAUACAUCGGCCAGCGUCUUCCGGAUUAAUGCCAAUGUGACUUCUCUGGAAAGGAGUCUUAAGUCCCUGGGAACGCCAAACGACACGCCAGAACUCCGUGAUGGACUGCACACGACUCAACAAGAGACCAACAAAACCAUCACAACAUGCACAAAUGCCAUCCGACAGCUGUCUGAGGUCAUCAGAGGUUCUUCGAGGCAAGAACGACUUCAGUUGGACCGGCUGAAGAACCAGCUCUCUGACGCCAUUCAGCGAUAUGGAACGGUGCAAAAGAAAAUCGCCGAGAAGUCAAAAGCUCUGCUUCCCAGUGGACAGAGUAGUAGGAAGCAGCAAAGUCCCAGGACCCCUUUCUCUAACCUGGCAGAUGACGAAAAGAUCUUCAACGGCGGAGACAGCGUGUGGAUGGAACAAAACCAGGAGCAUGCCCUGCUCUCCGAAAUCACAGAGGAGGACCUGGAGGUCAUCCGACAGCGAGAAGAAGCCAUCCAGCAGAUCGAGAGUGAUAUGUUGGAUGUAAACCAGAUCAUCAAGGACCUGGCCUCUAUGGUAUAUGAGCAGGGUGAAACAGUAGAUAGCAUUGAAGCUAACAUCGAGACUGCCUCCUCGAAUGUACAAUCUGCCAAUGAGCAGUUGGCCAAGGCCAGCCAACACCAACGACGAGCCAGGAGGAUCAAGUGCUGUGUCAUAUCCGCCGUCCUGGCAGUUCUUCUGGUCAUCAUCAUAAUCAUCUCCGUUACGGUCAAGAAUUAAACCCUCCGGGUUUUCCCAGCCCACAGGCAUGCCAGCUUGGAAUGCACAAAAUAUAUCCACAGAUAAUGUCCAUUCUGCAGCAGGAUCACCGCAAAUCUAUGCAGUUAUUCAAGCAAUGUUUCGCAGCUCGGUGUAGAUCCAAAGUAAUGCAGCUUGUACUUGAGAAGAGACUGCAGCCUUGAACGCCACCAAUUGGGGGCGGGGAGGCACAUUUACUAAGGGGAUUAAUGUAUAUGUAUCUGUGCAUUUAAAAAUAUAUAUUAUCUGUUUCUGAAUUGUUAUGUGUUCUCUCUGUUUCUGUCUAUGCUUCCCUUUCGUUCCACUCUGUAUAAAAUGAAGCUCUGUAUUACCCACUCAAUAUAAUGGGAAAAAUAAAAAAAAUGGCUAUGACUUUUC